AUGUCGGGUAAAUCAUUGAUGAAUAAUACAAACAACAUUGGACCAAGUAUGCUACCUUGUGGUACACCAGAUGUUACUGAGGACCAACCUGAAGCAACACAAUCAACGACAACUCUUUGGGUCCGACCAGUUAAGUAGUUAGUGAACCAAUUUAGCAUGUUUGAAUGUACACCGAAUUGCCUGAGUUUUGCCAAGAUUAAACCGUGAUCGACAGAGUCAAAAGCUUUGGCAAAAUCCAAGUAGACAAUGUCUGUUUGAAUAUUACUGUCAAGGUUUUCUCCAAUCUUAUGUAAAACUUGCAGCAGUUGUGUAGUGCAUGAUCGAUUGCGUAGGAAACCGUGUUGUCCUAAGGAGAUAGAUAAUUACACCAGCACAGCAGAUUUCAUGAUUAUUAGAUUACACUGAUAUGGAAGGAACUAGACUCAGUUCCGAAAUAUCGCAUACUCGAACCGUCCUGACCGCGUAGCUCAGUUGGAAGAGCAUUGGGCUAGUAUUCCAAAGGUCGUAGGUUCGAAUCCCGCCGUGGCCAGGCAUAUUUUUCAAGCCUGCCCGGUGUGGAUAUACACUCAGAGUAACAUCACACAAACAUCUUAUUCACCUGAGUAGAUGACACCAGCACAGCAGAUUUCAUAGUAAGAGUCGAUUAAAUACAGAUAUUCGAAUAAAUAUUUAAAAUAUUGGUUAUAACCCCAUGGUGCCCGUUGCUUUUAUAUACUUAAGCCUUUGUAAACAAACAGUUACAGCUAGUAAUAAUACAACAUUUUCAACAAAUUCUAUAAAUGCGAUAAAAUCUGCCUACGCAAAUUUGGCAAUGGCCAAUGUGCCAUUGUUGAAUUGCAUCCAAACUCUUACAAUUUAUGCAUUUGAAAUCGCCAUACAAUGGUAAAAUCUAAAUAAAAUAUUUUGUACGUGCUAUGUUAUCAAAAUGUAAAUCAUGAAUGCGCACAUAUUUGUAUUUGAGUCUUAUUAUGAUUAGUCACAAAACUUGUAUAAAAAAUUAUAUAUUGUAUUGUUUAUUACAACGGAAAGAUAGAACGCUGAAGAAUUUGACACGUACUGCUCUACUUCCCUCUAGUUUUAUUUUUAGACGGUAGAUACUGAUCAUAUAGACUAGUUGUCGUUCGGCAUUAUAAUAUUACACUGUAUGCAUAUUUGUUGAUUUACCGUUGAAAAUAUUCUGCUCUUUUCAAAUCUUUUCAUGUUAGCGACCAACCAAUCACAACUCAUUUCCCUGUGAAUUAGCCAAUCAGUUUUGUCGACCGCCAGGCGGUCGACUUACAUGCACUUUUGACAACAUUUUCGUCAGACCUACGUUUCGCCCUUCGUCGACCCGCGAAUUUUAGGGCGUGCGAAACGUAGGUCUGUUAUCAGGCUAGUAAUAUAUUAAGACCUUUACAUUUUUCCUCUUGCGCUUCCACAAUGGAGGAAAUGCCGUUUCAGAAUCCGAAAAUGCAAUUAUUUUAAUUAAUUAACUGGGGAGUAUACCUCCGGCUGUCCAAAAAUUGAGCUUCGCAAAUUAUGAAGUUGUCCCCGUCUUCCCCCCCCCAAAAAAAAAAAAUCCUGCCGGCGUCACUGCUUACAUGAUCAUCAAGUACCAUCAAAUAUAAUACCAAUAAAUAUCGAUAAAAUCUCAUUCUUCAAAAUUCGGCUAAAUAAUUCCAGUUGGAAGUUGUGAUCUUUUUAUUGUGUAACACUCACUUGGAACAUGUUUAUAUUUCCUCAAGAUAAAUCUCUUCUUACUUUUUUUGAAUGCGUGGAUGACAAGCUAAACUCAACUACAAAAUUGUAUUAGCCUAAAUAUAGCCUAGAUAUAUAUUUAAAUAGUGUUCUAUUUCUGAACACUAGUAUUCUGUCUAGCACAAUUUUGUAGGCAUAGGGAAAUGUUAGUCAGCGGGACUCAAUUGAGUCAAUUCCAUGCAUGUUACCUCGUUUCUAUACUCGGUAGCGAAAGUGUGCAUGUCUAUUUUGCAUACCAGGAUUCCUCGUUAUAUAUAAUUAUAUAAAUGCUUAUAAAUUGGUUCGUUUUGUAUUCUGAAUUUGCCUUCAACAAAAUAUCUAAAAUCUUCUGUUUCAGAUUUGGUGUGACAUGAAAACAGAUGGAGGGGGUUGGAUAUUGAUUGGCCGUAAAAACAGUUCAGUCACGUGGACAGUACCAUCAAAUAGCAAUCCCGUUGAACCAUUCGGUGAACCUCAUUGGUCCAGUUCGCUUGGCGAUGCCCCGAUACUCGACUUUCGUGUUCAAAUGGCAACACAAGAAGAUUUCGGAGCAACAAGAGCACAUUGGUAAGAAUGGCAGUCAUUGCUAAUUAGAGUUUUUGUUCAGUACUAUACGCAGUGCAUUACAAACAUAAAUUUUUAAUUAGCAUACAGUAGUUUAAAUGCGUGAAUCAUAUUUGAGACCUAGGAAACAUUUUCGGUGUUUUAAAAUCAGUGUGAAACGAUCCCGAAGAGCGAUUUUACCCUAAGUUAUUUCGGGUUGUUCCAAAGAACCACAAGUUUUUCUGUAACUGUAGAGAAAAAGGAAAACCUACUUCUAUUUCUUUUAUGACAUAACUGAAGGAGCAUCAAGUUCUCCAAUAAAACAGCAGCCUCAAACUGAGAAUUUUCUUUUACUUUCUGGUUCCUUGAUUUGGAUGUAAAAAAUGGUGUUUUCAUAAAUUUUUUCGAUUACAGUGCGUGUUAAGUUGUUUGUUUUGUUUACGUUUUAAAAUCAAUGCUGCGAGACGUGAAUUUUUCCAAAGGUCGUCUAGAUUCGAUUCCCGCCGUGACCAGGCAUAUUUUUCAAGCUUGCCCGGUGUGGAUAUACACUCAGAGUAACAUCACAAACAUCAUAUUCACCUGAGUACAUUACACCAACGCAGAAAAAAUCAUGUUUCCAGGCAGUUGUAGAAAAACGUUUCUCAACCAAUCCACGCUCGCGUACUAUAAAUGUUAUAUGGUAGAUAAUAAUGUAAGCAUCAAACAUACAUUUUUCUAUUCAUAAGGGAGAUAAUAGUCGUGUAAUACUGACAGUGUAAUGUCUUGACAAUAUUAUUAUAUAGGUUUUUCAGAUUACACAAUAAACGUCCUUUAAAGAAUCUUUUGGUCGUGAAUGAAGGAGGAUGUGGACGAUUAUCACCAGGAAUUGGAGAUGUAUCUUACGUUAAAGACCUACAGACUGGAAAAAUAGUUACAACAAAAUUUCGCUGUUCACACUUCGGCACUUACUAUCCUAAAUCAUCAAAAUAUGGUUGGGUCAGUAUUUCAAGAUUAUUUUACUUUUAGCAAAUGAAUGAAUAAAUCUCUGCAUUACAAAAUCAUUAAUUUGUUUGAAAUAAGUCGUUAAUUUAUUUCAGAUAGCUUUUGAAUUGUUGUUGAUGCGUAUCAAAAUUAUAUAAAAAUAAAUUGCAUUUUUUAGGACAUGAUGAACUUUUGUUUGGAAAAGCCCUGUCCACUUGGCUUUGCUUUCCACCACAAAUAUUCCGAUCAAAUUGACUACUCAGGAGCAUUUAGGUAAACAUUACAAUAAUUCCUUCAGACAAGCAAAUGAGCAGGUAUUAAUUAACUAAACGUAAAUCAAAAUGAUUUUGGAAACAAGGAAAUAAGUAAAAUACUGCAUAUUAAAUAAGAAAAUUUUUUUCUACAGUUAUAGCACGUCUUCAAGUACCUCCGGAUUCACCCAUGAUUCAACCUCAUUUGUUGGCUGUGAUAAUCGUAAAG